ACAGUAAAUUACUAAUAGAUAAAUAUUUUGUCAGAAUAAUGCGAUAAAUUUCGUGGGUCUAGAUUGCAAAAAGUAUGAAAAAUGGUAGUUUUGAUUAGGUUCCAGAAGUUUCGUAAACUGAAUGGACAAUAAUUGUGAGUCAGUACGGUAUUGUAAAACAAUUAUUCAGAUCUGAAAUUGACUUUUUUUCUUUCAAUUUGUGGUAUUUGUUUCUCAAAUCAAAAUGCUUCUAUUGCUAUCUUCUGUCAUUGGUUUGCUGAGUUUCUCCCACUCCAUGCCCUUAGCUAGAAGACUAAUAGAUAUGACAUAUGUUUUCGACGAAACAACACUACGUUUUCCAGGUUAUAAAGAAUUCAAAAUAGACCAUUUGUUUAAUGAAACAUAUGAAGGAUUAGCAUCGAGUUGGUUACAAUUCGAAGAAUUCUCUUCUACAACCCAUACUGGUACACACAUAGACGCUCCAGCUCAUAACAUCAAAGGCGAGAUAACAGUCGAGCAAAUUCGUCUCGAAGACCUGUUCGCACCAGCUGCCGUAAUCGACAUAACUGCAAAGGCAGAAACUGAUCCUGAUGCUGAAGCUACCACGGAAGAUCUACUGCGAUGGGAGGCUGGUACUGGACAAAGCCUGAACGGUGCUAUCAUUCUAUUAAAAUCAGGUUGGGGGCGGAAAUGGAACGACAGUCAGGCAUUUUUCGGCAAUCCUGAUUAUGGCACAUUUCCGUUGCAUUUUCCAGGAAUCAGCGCUGAUGCAUGCCAGUGGUUAGUUGAAAAUCGAAGCAUCAAAGGAAUUGGAACAGAAACAGCGUCUAUCGACAAGGGUUCAACGACUACAUUUCCAGCCCAUGCCAUUAUUUUGGGGCAUAAACUUUUCAUUCUGGAAAAUGUUGCCAACAUUGAUAAACUCCCAAUUUAUGGCGCCAAUUUAUUCGUAUUACCAAUGAAGGUAGGUAAAGGAAGUGGCGCCCCAACUAGAAUAAUUGCUUCAAUUCCUGAAGUCAUUUACAAAAUGCGUAUAAAUGUCCGAGAAAACUAAUAGUCAGAUCAAUUUUAUUUGUUUUUUGUAUUUUUACAAGUAACCCGUCUGUAAUGGGGUCAACAAAUAUAGUUUAUUUUCCUUCUUUGUGCUUCAAUAAAAAAAUAAAACACGG